GACUGAAGUGACUGAGCGUGCACAUGGGUUCUCAGCCUGGCUUUCCCCGUCAUUCUGCUCUCUCCCCCAGAGGAUGGGGACUUGUUACCUGGAUUAUCCGGCUUGAGCUGCCCAGGCCGCUGGGCCAGGAGUUCCCAGGUGUCCUGCUCCCUUUUGAAAAGUAAAGCUUGUUGCUGGCAGUGCUGUGUGACAGUCUUGACCCAGUUUGCCUCUCCGCCCUCUCGUCGCAGCUCCAGGAGGCUGUGUGCUUGUCUCCGCGCAGGCCUUCAGGCGGCCGCGGCCCUUCUCUCACAGGCCAUUUAGUGGGCGCAGCCCGGCGGGUUCCCACCACUGCUGCUUCUGUGGCUUGUUUGAGGUUAGCGGUGACAACACAAAGGACUGCCCUGUUCCGUGAUGUUAAAAAUGAACCGUGGCCUCAGCCUCAUGGGUCAGCACUGCCUCACUUGGUGGAUAGGCACACAGCCCUGUGGUGUAGAAGGGCUGCAAGGGGCUGUGACGUGGCAGGACUCCGGGGCGAGACAAGGCUCCUGGACCAGUCUCCCCAGUGAGCAACCAGGCGCAGAUUCUGCUGUCCCAAGGGGAAGACCUGUCCUGUUUUUGUGCAAUAACCCCAAUUAUAAAUUUCUAAAACUUGAGUGUUUGCUUAAUCAACAGGUUGCAGGUAGAGUCACCUGUGGAGCUUCUGCACUGUACACGUAACCUGUGGCUCCAACAGCAGGCUCCGAGGCCAGCCUCUGACAGUCACUGCUCAUUUAGGCCUCGCUUUAGUUCUACCCACUGUCCCACAUGUGCCUUAUUCAUGCAGCAUUCCCUCCUGGAAAUUCCUCCACAAGUCGACUCUUACAGCUCUAACUCAUUUUUCUUCCUCCAAUGUUUUCUUUGUGGUAAAAUACACAUAACAUGAAACUUACCACCUCGGCCAUGUUUAAGUGCACAGCUCGGUGACGUUAAGCACAUUCAUGUUCUUGUGCAGCCAUCACCACCAUCCGUUGUGAGAACUGACUUCAUCAUCCAAGACUCAGACUCUGUGCCCACUGAACACUGACUCGCCACCCCCGGCCCUGCCCUGGCCCUGGCUCUUCUACUUUCUGUCUCUAUGAAUCUGAGUCCUUUAGGAACCUCAUCUUCCUCAGAGCACAGCGUCUUGUCUCUACUGGAAGCAGAAGUGAAAGGGUCCAGGGAAAGGCCCCUGCAUCCAUGGACACAAUGACCAAAAGCCGGCUCUUCCGCCUGUGGCUGGUCCUGGGGUCCGUGUUCAUGAUCCUCCUGAUCAUUGUGUACUGGGACAAUAUGGGCCCUGCCCACUUCAAUCUGCACACAUCCCUCUCCAGGCCGCACGUGCUGAAGCCCUUCCCCAGCCCCAAUUCAGCGCCCGGGGAUGUCUUCACCUCCAGCCUCGAGAUUUGGGAGAGCUUUGUCAGGGAGAAGCAGCGCCCCCUUUUGGGCAAAAGGGUGGAGCAGCCCUCCCUGCCGGCCUCCAGCAAGCCUGUGCUCGGCAACCUGGAGGAGAGCGUGAGGGGCUACGACUGGUCCAGCCACACUGACCAGCAGAGUCCGGACCCGGAUGGGCGGCAGGCCGAGCGGAGGAGCGUGCUGAGGGAGUUCUGUGCCAACGCCAGCUUCGUGUUUCCCACCAAGGAGCGCUCCUUCGACGACAUCCCCAACUACGAGCUUAACCAUCUCAUCGUGGACGACCGCCACGGGGUCAUCUACUGCUACGUGCCCAAGGUGGCCUGCACCAACUGGAAGCGCGUGAUGAUCGUCCUGAGCCAGAGCCUCUCGGACCAGGGCACGCCCUACCGCGACCCCCUGGACAUCCCGCGGGAGUACGUCCACAACUCCAGCACCCACCUGACCUUCAACAAGUUCUGGCGCCGCUACGGGAAGUUCUCCAGGCACCUCAUGAAGAUUAAACUGAAGAAGUACACCAAGUUCCUGUUCGUACGCGACCCCUUCGUCCGCCUCAUCUCGGCUUUCCGCAGCAAGUUCGAGCUGGAGAACGAGGAGUUCUACCAGAAAUUCGCCGUCCCCAUGCUGAGGAUGUACUCCAACCACACCCGCCUGCCCGCCUCGGUCAGCGAGGCCUUCAGCGCCGGGCUCAGGGUAUCCUUCGCCAACUUCAUCCAGUACCUGCUGGACCCGCACACGGAGGAGCUGGCGCCCUUCAACGAGCACUGGAGGCAGGUGCACCGCCUCUGCCACCCCUGCCAGAUCGACUACGACUUCGUGGGCAAGCUGGAGACGCUGGACCAGGACGCCGCCCAGCUGCUGCGGCUCCUCAAGGUGGACCGGCUGCUCCAGUUCCCCCCGAGUUACCGCAACAGGACUGCCAGCAGCUGGGAGGAAGGCUGGUUUGCCAAAAUCCCCCUGGCCUGGAGGCAGCAGCUAUACAAACUCUACGAAGCAGACUUUGUUCUCUUCGGCUACCCCAAACCUGAAAAUCUGCUUAGAGACUGAAGGCGCUGGGGGAAAUCCGAACACCAAAAAAAAAAGUGCUUGUGUUGUUCCUUUCAACCUGAAGGAAGGGCCGGUGGUACCGCGACCAUCUUCCAGAGGAUGGAGCACUGGCCUGCCACGUAUAUUUUUUUAUGGCUUCGUUUCUCUCCUGGUGUGAAUUCCACAGUGCUCGGUUGACGAGCCCGCUGGAAACACCUGGAACUGAUCACACCCACACUCCAGUUUGUAAAAUAACCUAUGGUUUCGCAGUCUAGACUUACUGUUUACUGCUUCCCUGUAUUCAUUGAGUACUGUGUUAAUAUUGUUUUUUUAAGAUUAAUAUAUUUCAGAUAUUUAAUAUGAAAAGUGGAGAAGGAAGUGGUGGAGUAAAAGGGUAUACCUGC